CCCCUUGAGGUAGGCUGAUCCACUCCGUGGAGGCUCUGGUGGUCCUCGCGUAUGAGAAAUUGGUUUGGGCAAAGCCAAGAGUAAGUGAGGCAAAGGGCAUCCCCAAGAAAACAGGCAUCUCCUCUGACGCGUCUGAGUUUCAGGAUGACUCAAGAUCUUGUGACUUGAUGGCUCUGUGAUCCCACUGGGUCUAUGGAGAAGCCAGGACAUGAACCCGGAGAGCAUGUCCUGCUCAGUGGCACAGAAAAGGGGGUCUGGGAGAGGAAACACCUAAAAGACAUCUAAGACAGGUUAGUGGUUGCAUCCUGCAAGAAGGAAUGAGGAUCAUUGCAGAAAAACAGAUACUAGAGACAUAAAAGGGGGAAGCGUGUUGAAAACAGGGUGAGGAUGAGAUUCAAGGGGGGCCUCACUCAACUUAGACCCAACUUGUGUAUUCUCUCGACAAAGAACGUUGCCUAUCUUGGGUUCUCUGUUUCAGGGGAGAUCAUCGGGGGCCAUGAGUGCAAGCCACACUCCCGCCCCUACAUGGCUCACCUGGAGAUUGUCACCCCCCACGGCCACAUAGGGAACUGUGGUGGCUUCUUGAUAAGACGAAACUUUGUGCUGACCGCUGCUCACUGUGCAGGAAGAACUAUAACCGUCACCCUCGGAGUCCACAACAUAGAGAAGGAAGAGGACACUUGGCAGAAGCUCAAGGUCAUCAAGCAAAUUCGGCAUCCCAAUUACAAUCCCUUCACCAUUCGCAAUGACAUCAUGCUGCUGAAGUUAGAGGAGAAAGCCAAGCUGACCCUGGCCGUGGGCACACUGCCGCUCCCAUCGGAACCCAACUUUGUCCCACCUGGGCGAAUGUGCCGGGUGGCCGGCUGGGGCAUGACGGGCGUGAACAAACCUGGCUCAGACACCCUGCAGGAGGUGAAGCAGAGACUCAUGGAUCCCCAGGCCUGCAAGCACUAUUCACAUUUUGACCACAACUCCCAGCUGUGUGUGGGCAAUCCCAGGAAGAGAAAAUCUGCCUUUAAGGGAGACUCUGGGGGCCCUCUUCUGUGUGCUGGGGUGGCCCAUGGCAUUGUCUCCUAUGGGAAGUGGAAUGCAAAGCCCCCCGCUGUGUUCACUCGCAUCUCUGCUUACCGGUCUUGGAUCAAUGAGGUCCUGAAGGGGGAGCAUUAACCCUGCUCGCCGGGCCAGCCAGAGCAGCAUGCCAGACUGGCACCUGAACCCAGCUCCGCACCCUGCACGCUCUACCUGCCUCUGGUGCCUGAGGCACCAUCGCCGUCACAGAUCCCUGAGCCUCAAGAAGUUUCCUGUGGGUUACAGAACUCUCCCUGAGCUUCC